GUGGUAAAAUCCGUAGCUUUUCAAAGCUUUCCUCGUACCUAACGAUUUCGUUCUCGUGUAAUCUUGUCUCACUAACUCUUCGCUCUAUCGUCAACGAGCACGAUAUUUUCUUCCCCCAUCGAAUGACCACACUUUUCUUCGGUGGAUACGAGCUUACUGAGUUAGCUCAACCGGACCGGCGACCAUUCGACGUCGCGACGCUAUAGCGUGGAUACCGAAAAACUUGGCUGGACCGAACGUAGAUUAUGGAAAAGAGGAUGAGUCGGCCAGGCUCGACUUCGAUACGAAAAUAUGAAGAAAAACAAAGUGUCAGAAUAACUAUCGCUUGACUUGACCGUUUUUAUUUAGUUCUCAGAGAUAUUUUUAUUGAGUGUCGAAGGUGAACGGGCGCAAGUGCAUUUUCGAGUAUCGACAGAAGCUGAAGUGCGCGAUGACCGGUCUCCGCAUGGUGCGUACCCGUAUUUCGAAUGAUCGAGAAAAAAAAGCUCGCGGUUGUCCCACGAGGCGGCAGUUUUGAAGUGCAAUCCCUCAGUUUUUCCGGGAAUAGUACAGGAAAGGAUGAGAACUAAGCUCGCCUAGAUUUGCCUCGUGGAACGAAUCGGAGCCUCAAGGAUAGCACAACGGGACAUUUUCGUGGCGAACUUAGCCGACGAAUCGGAUAUAUCAUGGUCGAAAGUACAUACGCGGGUGACUCGCCGAGAUCUCGUUCACCGAUGACCGAACCGUCGAGUCCGCUUCGCGAUUUUGGUCCCGGAUUUUCCGGCUACGCGCAUCGCUAUCUUUACAAUUAUUCGCCGGAAGCGAUGCAACAAAAGCUGAAGAGCGUCGACUCCACUCCGCACCACAACAAUCAUCACAGUCAUCGCCACUCGCCCAAAAUUAAUCGCGAGAUUGAUGCUCCCCGGGACAAAAAUUAUUCACGAAGUAGUCGGAGCCCCAUCAGCCCCGAAGAAGCUCCGAGAUUCCGGGGCCGCGAAUCGUCUCGGCCCAGCUCCUCCGCAGCCAUGUCAUCACCCACCUCGCUUUUCACUAUUGACAGCAUUCUUGCACCCAGGCCUGUUGGAAAUCUAACGCCAACUACCACCAAUUCCAUUUCCGUUGUUCAACAUCCUGAUAACGUCGGUUCGCCACCGAGGUCGACGGCGAUGCAUCCCCUGCAGCAACAACUCCAUCAUCUCUCCUUCACGCCGGCGGAUUUUCUCGCUGCUGCCUAUCCAGGACUUUAUCCCGGUGGCUACGUAGCUGCAAUGGCCGCUGCCGGCGUCUCGCUCCAUGGACAGCCUGGUUUUUAUCACGCUGCUCAUCCCUAUCAAAUGAAUCCAAACGGACCAGGGAUUGGUCCGAUGACGAAAAGAAAGCGACGUCACAGGACGAUUUUCACGGAGGAACAAUUGGAACAGCUGGAAGCGACUUUCGACAAGACUCACUAUCCCGAUGUUCUUCUCAGAGAACAACUCGCGCUGCAGGUCGAUCUUAAGGAAGAAAGAAUUGAGGUAUGGUUCAAGAACCGAAGGGCAAAGUGGCGGAAACAAAAGAGGGAGGAACAGGAACGCUUGCGAAAGCUCCAGCUGGAACAACGUCAGCGCAACGAGGACGGUACAGCGCCUACGGCGAUCCGAAUCGGGGGACACGUGACCCUGAAUGGCCAGCACGAUCAAGAGACUGACAGUUCCGAUCUCGAGGUUGCGUAGUUCACCGUGCUUUCUCCAUCAUUCCCAAAAUCAAAGAUCGUUUAUGUACAGCGUGAAAAAAACGCAGAAAACAUUUCCGAUGCUCAUUAACGAAGAUGUGUUUUCCGCAAGAAAAAAAAAAAAAAGAAAAAAAAAACAGUAAAAAACAUAAUAAACCCCGUGAUCUUCGGUUCUUUUCGCUCGAAUAAUCAAUAAUUAUUAUCGAACUGUUGGCAUUUUGCCUCGCCAUUGAGGAAGGGAACAGAAGCAAAUUCCAAAACGAAGAGAAUCCGAACUAAGAAUUAUGUAAAUAUCAAUAGUAAUUAUAAUAACAAUAAAACUAAAAACAAUAUUGAUAGUAAUAACGACACCAGUCUGUAAAUAAUUGCUAGCAUAAUUUAAAUGAAAAAUUCUGUAAAUAAGGCUUACCAUGAAUGUGUAUAAACGAAUAAAUUAUUGUGCUAUUAGCAAAAAUCAACAUUGAA